CAGCUAUUUGUUAAACUAAGUCUCAUGCUUUUUAAAGGAAUUAAACAUAAAUUUUUAAACUGUUAAAGGUAACACUGAAAUUUGAUCAAUGCUUUGACUGAGAAAACUGCAAGCUGUUCAAAACAUUUAAGUAUUUUCAACUUUUUUUACGGUGGCUCUCAGAAUACAUUUUUGCUGAAAGUUUAAAAAAAAAAGAAGUCCUCUUUCUAAUAAUUCUAUUAACUGAAAAGUUCAUUUUUAAAUAAUAAGAGAUUAAUAAAUAUUUAUCAUUAUUAGGCUUAAGUAGUAAAAGUUGACCUACUCCUAUACUAUUUAGUAGAUUAUAACUUAACUUGUUAUUGAGAAAUCAACAUUCAUUACAUUUUCUGUGUAUAUAUUAAAAAAGAAAGUUAACUCUAGGAACAAUCCAAGAAUAAACAAAAGGGAGAGAAACCUACAUAGAAGCUCAUAGUGGCACGCCGAACCAAUAUUAGACCAAUAGUACAUUAUGAUUAUUAUACUAUACAUAUAUAUAUAUAUAAUAUAAUAGGCCGGUAAAUUCAGAGAAAGCGGCCCGAGUCUAUAUCCAUGGCCGUCAUCUUGGUUGCCUUGACCCGCGCACUUUUACGUGUUCACGGGUCGAGGCAACCAAGAUUGCGGCCAUGGAAAAAUAAAAUAACUCAUGUUUGCUAAAAUUAGGAAGAAAACGUUAAAAAUUUAUGAAAAAAAUGUGUUAAAUCUAUCCCUAUGCCUAACCCGAACCCUAAAUCACUAAACCUAUCCCUAUGCCUAACCCGAACCCUAAAUCACUAAAUCUAUCACUAUGCCUAACCCGAACGCUAAAUCACUAAAUCUAUCCCUAUGCCUAACCCAAACGCUAAAUCACUAAAUCUAUCCCUAUGCCUAACCCGAACCCUAAUCAAAAUCGAUCCCUAAAUCCUACGCCUAAAGCCACUAGUAAAAGCACGUGGAAUUUACGUAAUGUGGCAAGAAAACGAUAAAAAUUAACAAAAAAAUGCCCAAAAUAAUUAUAACAUAUAGAAAUGAUGAAAAUCCAACUUACAGUUUCAUGAAAUACACACCCCACAGGCACCCCAAAGAUAUCAAAUAUGGCGCAACCGAAUAAAAAUUAUAAUGAGCCAACCAAUGAAAAUUUUAAAAUUAUAAUUAAUCAACCAAUAAAAUUUUAAUUCCGAAAAUGUAUCUCUUUUUUAAAAAAAAAUACACAAAAAUAAUGGGAGUGAAUCCAAAAUAAAGUCGUCGUGGGCCGCUAAAUCUGAAAUAGCUAAUAGGCCUAUAUGACUAUGACUAUAUGUUUGGUCUUGGACUUGGUACGCUCUCCGGGUUCCCUCUUUUUCUUGUGUUUUUGCAAUACUUUUUUUUGUACACAGCCGCCAUUUUUGUUGCCAUGAUGUUUCCUGUCAUGGCAACAAAUAUGACUGCUUUGUCAAAAAGGUAGUACACAAAGUUGAGGGCCAAAAUUGGGAGGUCAAAGGAAGAGAUUGUGUUUUUUGCUAAAAACCUUCAAACCUAAAAUCUAUCACUCUACCUAACCUGAACGCUAAAUUGCCUGAACAAAAAAAUCAGUGUCUCUAAUUGAAGCAUAAGUCUUCAAACCUAAAAUCUAUCAGUAGGUCUAGACUCUAGAUCUAACCUGAACUUAAAACCAGGUGUUCAAAUUCAUAUGCUACAGUUACACAUUGUAGUGAGAAAAUUGUAAAUUUAAUAAAAAGAUUUUAAAAUUUAUUUUAAAUAUAAAAUAUAAUGAAAACACAACUUACAAUUUCAUCGAAUACACUUUUACACACUUUAUUACAGGCUCCACUGAAAAUAAAAUUCAAAACAUGUCAGAAAAGUCAAAAUCUAUUUUUCAAAUUGAUCAGAUGAUCACAACACACAGGCAUAUUAACAUCACUUUUAAAUAUUAUAAUUCACCAAGCUAUGAAAUAUUAAUUUAAGAAAGCCAUUAAUAAAAACAUUCCAUCAGUGUAUUAAUAUAAAAAGAAUAGAAUAGUUAAAUCUAGUAAAUAUCCAUGACUAAACAAAGGGGAGUUGCCUCUUCCACAGAAACUCAUGGGGACCUGUAAAUUAUAAGUUGACCAUGGUUUUCUUCCACUGUCAUAAAAAAAAAAGACUAAACAAAAGUAUUAAAAACAGGGACAUGGUCUGUAUAAGUUUGAAAAGAAAAUUAGCUUGAAAGAAAGUAAACAUAAAUAUGCAAUAUAGGAAGUAAAAAAAGUCUAAAAAUUAUGGGAAGGUUGAGGAGGUUAUUUGCAAGUGACAAUUGUCAAGAUAUUUUAUGUGCCAUAAAAUAUUUUUAAAAGUGAUUUUAAAAAGUUAAUCAGAAUAAAAAGACAUUGUGAAUGAAUGACACUUCUUUUAAUACUUUUAUUUUAAUAUUAAUUAAUAUCAGUCAGAACUUUCCUCAAGUUGCAAUAAAACAUUGAAGGUUUACACAAAGCCAUCAAAACAACAACCAUCAACUUUCUUCAAUUAGUCCAUUAACUGCACAUGAUAGAGAGCACUGACACAUAUAGUUAUAGUGUUUAUCACAUCAUAAAAGGCAUCACUUUAAGCAAGUUGUGCCAGACUUUCUUUGUGAACAUCCAUCCAUCCCUGUGGCGCUGCAGCCCAUAUGAUGUAGUGCUUUGGCCUGCCUCACCACUUCCUUCCACUCUUUGUGAACAAUGCAGUGAAAUGCUGUUACAACACUACUUUAGUCAUCACAAGCCAAUUCUUUAAAAAAAAAGUAACAACCUGUAUAAAAAAAAUAAAAAAUAAAUAAUUCAAAUCAUAAAUGUUUUAAAUAAUUGAUAGACAGCAAAACAGCAAAACUGAAAUUGAAUUUAUAAAAAUUAAGGUGGUUUCACUCAUUAUGGUAAAAGCUUCAUUAAAAAAUAUCUACAAAAUCAAUUCGUGAAAAUGAAAGCUUUAGACUUUAUAUGACCACACUUUGUUUUGUCCAAUGGCAAGAAGUAUUAAAAUUUGGGUAGGUUUGGGGAAAUGCUAUUGUUCUUGACUCCUUCUUAUGAUUAAAGUACUGAAAACAUGGCAAAAAAUGACUGUGAUUUAAUUAUUAUAAUAUUAUGGUUUUCUAAAAACUUAAUUUUGCAGUUUUCUGAUAUGCAUUUUUUUCAGCUGUUCUAAUUUAUUUCUAUGCAGAUUUCACCGAAGUGAAAACCAGGAGUGACUUUCAGGACCAAAUGUUCACUGCAAAACUGUAUGUGCUAUAAACAUCAUUUUGGUGCACAAUUUAUAUCUGUGUAAUUAGAAUCAAAAACUUUCCACUAAAUGGAAAAAUAAGUAAUUGUAAUUUUAAAAAUAAUUAGGCAUGAGUUUUUUUUUAUUUAAGUCACUAUAAAUUGUGUCACAAAGUCUGGUCAAAACCGUUAUUUCUUUUUGCCAUAAAAUGACAUUUUGAAUGAAUGAUUAUGAAUGAUACUUUCUAUAUUUAAUAUUAAUUAAUAUCAAUAUUUUUUUGUUAAUAUGACGAAGAAACACAAAUUAAUUAUACAUCAUUUUAUUGAUUAAAGCAAAUUUAUUAUCUAAGGUUUUUUCUCUUUUACUUUUAACUUCAAUCCAAAGAAUUUUUUCGUACGUUAUAUAGGAUGUAAUCCUAGAAAAUUAGUUUUGUAAGAUGCAGUAUCCCAGCACCCUUUGAUGCAUAUAAAUAUCUUAUUUCUCUGCAGAAAUAAAAUGGACAGUGACCUGCUGACUGAAGUAUCAUCAGCUCUAAUGAGUAAUAGUGCAGAUGAGUCAUCAGAUGUGGUAGGCUUGCAUGUACUUAGCACUGAUUAUGGUCAUGGAACAGAAAGUAUGAUGGGAGAGCUGUCAUCCGACGAUUGCACCAGAAAUGUCAUUUCCAUUCCCACACUAGCAGCAGGAAUCCAAAGUUCCAUUAUUGAAAAGGACGGAGAGAUAACUCUUAACUCUGCCUUUAUACCUGAAAAUGCUGUUUUGAUGGAAACGCCAAGAGGGUAAUUUUUACAUUAAAAUAAUAAGUCAUUUGUUCAUGAUAUUAAACUUUGUAUUUGGUCAUUCAUUUUCAAAAUUCUUAUUUGGAUAGAUUGAUGUUGACGGUGCCUGAAAGCAUGGCUGGAAUAUCUUAUUGUGAUGAUUCAUCACCAAGUGAUUCAUCCAGGCAAUUACUGUCAUGCAUUCCAGGUCAGUUGAAACAAAAAAAAUCCCCCGUACUCAAAGCAACAGACCAUGGCAUAACUUUUCUAAGCACAUUUCUAAGUUCCCCUGACUGUUUUGCAAAUUGAAUCGAUUGAUUAGUGCCUGAAAAUUCUCCAGGAAACUAGGUAUUGUUAACAGGAAUCCCCAUCCCUUUUCAUUGUGAUCUGAGAGUGGAAGGGUAUGUACCUGAAGCCUUUGAAAGAGUUUUUCUGAAUUAUUGAAGUUCAGCCAUGAUAGUUUCAAUGGCUAUAUCUUGAUAUGGCUUUACUACUAAUCCAAAAAAAGACUUGUGAUAGUUCUUUUAGAGUAAGACAAAUUUUAAAGAUGUUAUUAGGUGUUAUAAAUAAUGUACUAUAUUUGCAACAUUUUAGGAAUUGUCCACAAUUGUGCUAUGAAAUCAAGAAAAUUCUAUAGUUUGGUAUGGCGUUGAAAGGAAAUACUUGCCGGUAUUCAAAACAUUACCAUAUACUGCACACCAUUUUUCUUAGUGAGGGACUUACAGAAAUGAAUGAUUAUAAUAAAAUGAUUUAGAAAAACUUAAGUAAUGUAUGCAAACCUUUUUAAAUGAUAUGCAAAAAAUGAUUGCUGGCUUUACAAAUCCUGUGCAUCCCCAGCUUAGUGGGAAAAUCGAUUAAGACUCGAAGACUUGCUGUUAUGAUUAUAAAUCUUGGAUAUUAUAUUUUAAAAUUGAAAUGAUCAUCUCUCAUUUCUUGUGCAGUGUCCUUGUUCAGCACAUGUGAUGGUUCUGUGGAUGUGGAUGCUUCAGCAGUGUAUGGCGGGGAGGUAUCUAAUGAAUCGCAUCUGGAUGAUGAAACUGAAGAGAUGGUCACGCACCUUCAGGUAAAAUUCUUUUGCUACUAUAUAUGUAUUUUUAAAAAAAUAGAGUUGUUAACCAUAAAAUAUAUAGCAACAAAUAAAUUUGUUGUGAUAUUUGCUUUGCAGGACGAUGCAGGUGGAGUCCAAAUUCAACUUCAUGACUCUGCAGAUGUUGGGUUGCCAUUGAAGAAAGAAAUGAUGGAUCAACACCUGCCUUUGUCAGAAGAAUCAGCAGAAAUCUGCAUCACAACAGUAAGUAGAUAAAAUCUUUUAUGCUGUUUGGAAUGAAGCAUCUUCAUUAAAAAAUCAUUGACAUACAUGUUUUUUAUAUAAUCUAUAUGAAAAUUUAGUGAAUAUUAUCUUCCAUAUGAACUCAUCUUUUUAUAUUCAACUUUCAGAAGAGAAAGGGUGGAUGGCCAAAAGGCAAAAAAAGAAAAGUCAAACCAGCAGUUACAGGACCAAGAGCACCAGUGACGGGGUAGGUUAAAAAAUAAAAGCACAAAUUACAUGGUGUUUAUAUUUUUUAAUUCCAUCCUGUUAAAAAAAAUGAAAAGGUUCGGAUAUCAAUUUUUGAGUGUUUGGGUGAUAAUUUUUUAUAGUUAUUACUUAUCGAAUACUGACGAAUAUUAAUGGGGACUGCAAUACAUAAAUUAUUGACAUUUUAUUGAUGUCCUGUGGGCCAAAAAAAAAGUAGUUCCUUAGCUGAGCUUGACAAGUGAUCAAUGUUAAACAUGAUUUGUUUGUCUGCAGUUAUGUUCUGUAUGCCAUGGACAGAAGAAAGGAGAUAAAGCAGAGUCAUCCAGACAUAAACUUUCCAGAAGUUACUAAAAUUCUAGGACAAGAAUGGAGUACCAUGGCACCAGAAGUUAAAGAUGUUGGUUCUGUUUGUGCAACUCAUUUAGUCAUAGUGCUUUAUAUUCCACUGCAAUCUUGUUAAAAUAUUGUAUAUAAUGUUUCAGUAAUUUAGUGAGUAAUGUAUAAACUAAUAUACUAUUAUAGCAUAUAAUGAUGGUUUAAGUUAAAAAAAAUCCUUAAUUAGAUGGUAUCUUGUUUAUGCAAUAAAGAGAAUUACUGAAAUAUUUGAAUUAAUCUAUUUGCAAAUUAAUUAUUUUGAAAACAGAAAUACUUAGCAGCAGCAGAUGAAGAUAAAAAGCGCUACAGAGAGGAGUUAAAGGCAUUCCGAUCUUCAGAUACAUAUCAAGAAACUGUGAGGAAAAAAAUGAUGCUAGGAAGCGAUGGUAGGAAAAUUGAGCAAUUAUUUAAUGAGUUAUGAAAAUUAAACAGCUACUGAAAUUUAAAGGAUAAAACAUCUUUAAUUCUACCAUUUACAUCAGUAAUGAAACAAUAAGUAUUCAACUUUACAAGAUUAUACAUUAUAUAUUUUUUUAAUGCUGGGAACAUUUGUCUUUUUAUAGGUGAUACAACUACAAUUCAAGAAACUUCAGACAUCUUAAAUUGUGAUGAGGUAAAGGAUAUUUGGUUUUUUUUACUUAUAAAUCACAAAAACUACCUGCCUAGAGGAAUAUAAGUACAAAAUACAUUUUAACAUUUGACAAAGUGUGCUGUCUCACAAUUUUUAAAUAGAAUAAUGUAAGAAUAGUUUUACAGUAUCAUCAACCCAUUUUUUAUAUUUUACAUAUAAUUAUUAAGUUUCUUUCACCCCAGUUAUGUUAAAAAUGCAUUUUUCAUCUAACAUUGCUUCUUGUUAAAUAAAUAUUAAUUUGCGUUUAAUGGAGUUUUUCUUACAUAAAGAAAUUAGAAGGAAAAAGUUAUAAUAGGUACUUAAUAAUAAAAUCAUCCAUACUUCUGUACCAAUCUUAGAAGAUAAGGAUAUAUAAAAUACUUUCUAUUAAUUUAGUCCUAAAUUCUAAGCAGAAAGUGAAAGACAAUAAUCUUAAUUUCAAGGGUGGAUAUUCUAGAUAAGGGAAUAUUAAAAGUGAGUUUGUGGACUUAAACUUUUUCUCUGCCAGGACACUGCAAGUGAGCUUUACUGCAAAGUGUGUCAAGUUUACUUCAGCAAUCUUCAUAACAAGCGAGAACAUAUGUAUGGAAAAGCACACAUUCAAAAUAUUACAGGUAGAAGCUACUAAGUGUUGUUUACUAAGAUUUGAUACGUUGAUAGUUGACAUCUCAUAAGUGAAAAAUCAGAUUUCAGAUGAGGAAAAUAUUGCAGUAAAACCUGUAAAUAGGAAACCUAGAAAUAGCGCUGUCAAAUAAGCUUACUCAGUUCUGCAUGAAUAGAGUUCUCAAUAAAUAACCCAUGAAAUAGUGCAAAUCCAGUCAAAUGUGAAAUGUGCAGGGGUUUCUGUGGGACAAAAUGAUGGUUUUUCCCUGCGAAUAUCACAUACCAUGCUGUGCACCAACAAAUUACAUCAUGAACGAGGAGUGGCACAAACCUUUUGAUACCACGCUGUGUUCUGAAAAAUCAUUACGCAACAAUUGUGUUGCGAAAAAGAUUCCCUAUGAGACUGAGAGUUGUGAAUGAUCAGUGGGUAUAGCUAUGUACAUUUAGCCAAGGCAUAGAGAAAGCAAGACAAUCAAAAUUGUGAUAUGUUGAUGUAGAUGAACUACAUAAAGAAUGUUUAAGCACAAUAAAAUCUCACCGAGUUUCAUAAUUGUUCUGUGUAUGCACUUUCUGAUAGAUUAAUUAGAAGCAAAGAGUUUGUGUAAAUAAAACAAUAUAAGUUCAGCUUUAAUAAUGAUCAUUCAGAAUACAAAUGUAAAUAUUUGGGCAAAUUCCCUCCUCAGUACAACAAAUAAAAAUUCCUACAAGUAUAAAUUAAAUUUACAUAAUAUAUGUAUGUAUCCUAACUAAAAAUAAAGAAUAAGAGUGGGUGCAAGUCCCUGACAAAAAUUAAGUUCAGAAGAACAGAAAGCAAGUGGGUGGAAGUAAAAUUUUUAAAUCAAACAAGAAAAUACAUUGGAGCUAUGUGAAUUUGUUUUACACUGUAUGGAGCCAACGUACCAAAUCUUAUUAAUUUAUUUUCCAUAUAAAUUCUAUCCAGGGUAUUACUUGCAUACAAUAUACCAGUAACUGAAAUGUCUAAAAUUCCAUCCUGGUUAGCACUAUUGAAAUGUUUUGAAACUGGACAAAGGGCUUGUUUAUUUAUGUUGUACAGGUGUUCUCUAAAACUUUCUGUUUUGUUUUACUCAUUUAUUCUCAUUUUCAAUGUGCAUAUGUCUUCUUCUUUCAAAUUAUUGUGUGUGAUCAUCAUUCUGGCUUAACCUGCAACUAUCACCAUCCCUGCAAAUAGCACCACUUUUGAUUCAGUCCAAAUGGUUUUAGCUAAUUCAUAUUUCAAAUUCAUCUUUUCCAGGAGAAGUAGAAAAGGAACUUUUAAGGCAGCAAAGAGAAGAGCAGGCUUUUAUGGACAGUGCAUUAGUUGUAUCUGAGGACAUGUCACAAGAUGGUUUUUCAUCCACCAUGCAAGGCACGGGAAAUAGUAGUAGUAGUUCAUGUAGUAGCAGUAGUGGCCUUGGAGCAGCACCCUCAGGUCCAGUGGAUAUUCAUGGUUUUAUGAUGGAAUUCAUUCACAAAAAUUAUGGUAGGUGCAUGCUGAAUUCAUUUUUUAUAACAGAUGCUACUUAUUUCUUGUAUUUGUAUGUUGCUGUAUUUGUAUGUUGCUUUUUACAUAUCACAUUAGCCUAAACAAACCAGACAAGGCAUUUUUUACAAAUGAUCUUCUUGGAAGCAGAGCUAUUGCACACCAUCAGAACUAGAUUUUCAUGUUUUAUUUUAAAAUGUUUACUUUUCUGCUGUAUUUCUGUGAUUAGUUGACAGAUCAUGAAUAAUAAUAACAAUAUCAGUGUGUAUAACAAGUUGAGUGUUUGUUCCCUGGGGUAGAUUAUUUUUCCUAUUAGAUGUCAUAAAAAUAAACAGUAUUUGUGGAACAGGAUAUUAAAAUCAUUUUUUGGCACUGCUCUACAGGAGCAGUGGACUUUUUUGGAUCUGUAGAAUUUUCACCAGGAAAAUAAUUAGAAUCUAAAUCUGUUAAAGUAGACUAUAAUAAGUGAAUCUAAUUUUAUCCAAACUGGCUGAAGUAAAAAUUUAAUUCUCAACAUCCUCUCUAAAAUAAUUGUUUUGAAAUGUUUUGACUAAUAGGAACUGAAAAGUUUAAAGUUCUAUUAAAGUAUAUAUGAUAAAGUAAACAUCUAUUUUUUCUAGAGCGUGAGCAAGAAAUAUCUGUCCUGAAAAAAUGUCUGAAUAAAGCACUUCAAGAUAAUGUGGCAAUGUGUAAAGAAAUUCAAGCCCUUCAGGACUACCAAAACAAGUUAGAAGAAGAGAUGAAGACACUGACCUCAACCACUUCAGCGCUCAUAGUUCAGAGUGAUGCACUGAAAAUGGUACCUACUUUGUUUGGCAUUAUUAAUUUGUGACCCUUGUUUUAAUCUCUUCCUUAAAAAAAAUUAAAACCAUGUUUAUAAAUGACAUGUCAGAUCAGAAUUUUAUUUCCAUAAUUGUAAAUAAUAUAAAUGUGUAAAUAAUUUCAUUUAGAAAAUGUGAAUGCAAAAAUAAAAUGUUACUUAUUUUUUCAUUAAAGUAAUUGUAAUUUGGUUGUUCACAUUUUAAGAAUGUAGUUAUCAAUUAAUUUAUAUUAUCUGUUAGAGUAUUAUAAAAAAAAACUGCCAUUUGAACACAAGAUAACUGAAUGAGAUGAAUUUGUUCUUGGGAAUAAAAAUUGAGUCCAAGCAUUCAUCUUUUUUAAGUCUUUAAAGUCUGAUUUGUCAUUAACGUUUUUUAUUUUGCUAAUGUCCACACACCUGAAAGUAAAAAAUUGCUUUACCAGGUUGCAGAACUUAUGCACACAAUGAAAUGUGUUAAUCUUUGCGUAUUUCAAUUUGGAAGUAUCUGUUUAUUCCAUUAAUGCCUUUAUUGGUCAUUUGAAUUUAUUUAUAUGUAUAAAUGUCUAUCUUUGUGUGCUUGUCAGUAUUAUGGAAAUACUUUGUAGACCACUGGCCAUCAGGAAGUCCAUGUCAUUAUAGUUCAUUGUCAGUCUUAGCACAUUCACCUAAUCUGCCAAUGUAUUCCAGCCUAAAUUAAUUGUAAGAUUUGAUCUAUAAUAAUAUAAAUAUUUGCUGUUACUGUUAAAGUUAUAUUAUGGUGCAAAAAUGUUUACUGUAUUUUUUAUGAUGGUUAGAUUAUUUAAAAAAUGCCCUUUCAUUUUCAUUGUUCAAAAUCAACACACUUUUACAACUGUGCAGAAUAUUUUUUUAAAAUGACAACUCACUUUAUUUCUGGAUUUGCCAGUCAAUUAUGCAUUAGAGUCUAUGCAUUUAUGCCAUAGACACAUAAAUCAGUGGAACUUGGAAUUCUACUUCCUUUACUAACACAGGCCUAAAAGGAUGAUUGGUUGAUGAUAAGUAUGAUCUAUCUGGGCUGUAAAUGGUUAAAUUAAUUUUAAACAUUUAUUUUAUACUUUUUGUUUGCUGUAAGUCAGACAUAAAAAUGUAGAUCUAAGUGAUUUUUAAGUAAAGCAGAACUGCCUAUCCAAUCAAAUUAUUUUGUGUCUUUAACUAACCCCUCUCAAAAUUGGAUUACAAGUAGCAAAAUCAUCUACUUUAUCAAACUGUAACACUGCAUUAUGUAGACCUUUCACUGUAAUGACUAAAUCACAAAAUUAAACAGUUUUAUUGCUAACUUUGCUAGCCACUGCGACCAUGGUGAUACCCAGUGAACUUGUUGAAACGUUCUGACAUUCAAAUGGAGAUUUUUUUUUCUUCAUAUAUAUCAUUUACAAAGUACCGGUACUUGAAAAGUUUCCCAAAGAGCUAGGCGUAGUUUGAAAGACAGAAUUAGAGAUAAGCUAUACGAAAGGUAAAAUUGAGGUGACAUAAUUUUCUAGAAAUGAACCAAAAACUCACUAUUCACACUUGACAAUUUUAAUUUUUUUACAUAUUUUUAGUUGUGAACAUAAUAUUUUUUGGUUUAAAACUGUAUUUACAAAUUGAGGGUGCAAAAAGCAUACAAAUUCAAAACAUUAUUACUGGUAGACAGGUCUGAUAAAACAUUGUGAGAAUGACACUAGAAUGUAAAUGUUAAUUGUGUACCGGUACAUUUAAUUCAGUGCAAUAUAAUUUAUUAUAUUGUAUGUAAUAUAUUUUUCUUGAGGAUAGUCUACUACAGCGGUUCUCAACCUGUGGGUCUUGACCCCUUAGGGGCUCGAACGACCCUUACACAGGGGUUGUCUAAGACCAUCUGGAAACAAAUUUAUGAAGUAACUACGAUAUUAAUUUUAUGUUUUGGAGUCACCACAACAUGAGGAACUGUUUUAAGGGUCACUGCAUAAGGAAGGUUGAGAACCACUGGUCUAAUAAAAUUCCUAUUAUUGGCAUGAACUGUUAAGAAUUUUUUAUAUGAUGCAACAUGUUUAAUAAAAUAAAUCAAUAGAAAAAAAUUAAUUUUCAAAAUCUUUUCAUUAAAUUUAUAAAUUUUCCUUGGAAAGUGGUUUUGAAUGCCUUAGAUUUUAUUGGCGGAAACUUAUGUAUAUAUAAGGGUAUUUCAUUAUGGUACGGUUCAUAUUUAAGUUUAAUUAAUUUAUUAUGUUAACCUAAUUGAG